AAACUGUCAGUGUCAAUUCAAAUCUAUGACUGUGAAUCGAUGAUGUAUAUUUUGUGUAAAUUAAUUUUUGAAAUACUUGUUUAUCCAAUUAGCAAUUAGUUAAUAAAGCAAUCUCCCUACAAAGUUAUAAGCCGAAUUUAUUCAUUAAGGAAGUUUGUGUUACCUUGUAAUAUAUUAUUAAUUUAUCAGUAGUGGCCGAAAUGUCGUGGGUAAAAGAGAAUUGUUUAUCAUUUUUUCAACUUUUUUGUAUAAAAGUUUUAAAGACUGGUAGAAUACCACAACAUUUAGCUCUAAUUAUGGACGGAAAUCGCCGUUUUGCUCGAAAAGUUAGCAUGGCUUGUAAAGAUGGACAUAGCAGGGGCUUCGAUAAACUUUCCGAAGUUUUAAAGUGGUGUCUAGACCUUGGUAUUCCUGAAGUGACUGUAUAUGCAUUUAGCAUUGAAAACUUCAAGCGAAGCCAGGAGGAAGUGGAUGGUCUAAUGGAGCUGGCAAGUGACAAGUUCAAGCGACUCUUGGAUGAAAUUGAUCAAAUAAACGAGUGGGGUGUUCGUGUAAAUGUGGCUGGGAGAUUAUCUAUUCUGCCAAUAGACCUGCAAGCUCUCAUAUCGAAAGCAAUGCUGGCCACAAGACAAAACAAUAAGCUCCAACUUAAUAUUGCCUACGGAUAUACAGGCCGUGACGAAAUCAGCAGAGCUGCGUCACACAUUAUAGACGGUGUAAAAAAUGAAGAGCUAACAGCAGAGGAGAUCGAUGAGGAGCUUAUAUCGCAGAGUUUGGAUCUUGGAGAACCAGAAUUACUGGUUAGGACAUCAGGAGAAGUUAGACUAUCAGAUUUUAUGCUGUGGCAAGUCGACAGAACAGUCCUGUAUUUUUCCAACGUUUUGUGGCCCGAGUUCACGAUAUGGAACCUGUUGGCAGGCAUCAUACACUUCCAACGACACGCACCGCCUGCUCUUCAAGACAAAGCGAACACGCCGGCACAACAAGAGUUUCUAGAUAAAUAUGAGACAAGGAAGUGGCAGAAAUUGGAGGAAAUUGUUGCCUGCUCAUAAAUGAUUGCACUAUCUUUUAUGUAUAGUGCGACAUUAAAGAGUAGAUGUUAAUAAAAAUGGAACAAAUAAAUUAGCUGUGUGGCAACACCACAUAUACUGUCAUUAUCACAAAGAUCUGUCAUUAUAGAGCAACCAAUUAUUAUUGAUACAUUAUUAAAAUCAUAGUGGAAAUUCGGAUUACGAUUUACAAUAAAUAUAAUUUAUUUAAAUGAGAUUUAAUAAAUGUACAUCAUGAAAUCAGCUAUCUUAUUGCCAUAACAUGAUGCUCGGGGCUAGAUAGUGAUUUGUAAGUAUAUUCCAAUUAUAUAUAUAUAAUAUUUAUUAAUUGAUUUAUAUUAGAUAGUAAUAUUAUUUUCAACAGAUCAUUUGAAAUAAGAACAUAAUAUUAUCUAUGUUUAAAAUAAAAUAACGAUUAUUAUCAAGUAAUAAUGUAGUUGCAGUCAUAGCUUGACAGAACACAGGGUUACCAUAAGAACGGCAAUAAGUAACUACAGCGCCCUCAUGUAUUUUAUAUUCUUUUGUUGCACUGUACUUGUAAUAAUUUUAAUAAGGGCAACAAUCCUUUUACCAGAAUUUUCAUAUUAGAUAUAUUAUGAUGAAUAAAACUGUAUAAUAGAUUACAAGUAGCCUGAACAGAGUCAAACUAAUGCAGCAGAGAACUUUAAUUUAUUACAUGUAGUGAUGAUUAUGCCUCAUUAUUGUAUAGGUAGUCUAAAUAGCAAUAUUAACAAUUAUUUAUUUAGUUCAUUAUUGCCCUCAUAAAAUUAGAUAUUACUUUUUUUAUUAUUAUUAAGGUAAUUGAAUGUAUAUUAUGGAAUUGGAUAAAAUGUAAAAAGCAAAAAUUGUAUAUCAUUAUUUUAUUAUGAAAUAAAGUUAAAAAUAAACUAUCUCUAA